AACCAGAUGAGCCAUUUGAGUUCAUUAUUGUGUCCCUGACGGGCCAGACGUGGCUCUUUGAGGCCUCAACGUCAGAGGAGCGAGAGCUCUGGGUCCAGGCCAUCGAGAGUCAGAUCCUGGCCAGCCUGCAGGGCUGCGAGAGCAGCAAAAACAAGGCUCGGCUGGGCAGCCAGAGCGAUGCACAGGCCAUGCAAGCCGUCCGCACCGCGCGUGGGAACAGCUUCUGCGUGGACUGCGAUGCACCGAAUCCGGACUGGGCAAGUCUGAACCUGGGCUCCCUCAUGUGCAUUGAGUGCUCCGGGAUCCAUCGCAACCUGGGCACCCACCUGUCCCGUGUGCGCUCCUUGGACCUGGAUGACUGGCCUAGCGAGCUUCUCAUGGUCAUGACAGCUAUCGGCAACGCCCUGGCCAACGCCGUCUGGGAAGGAGCAGUGGAAGGCUACCCCAAGCCCACUCCCGAGAGCAGUCGGGAGGAGAAGGAGCGCUGGAUCCGGGCCAAGUAUGAGCAGAAGCUCUUCCUGGCUCCACUGCCCCAGUCGGACAUCCCGCUGGGGCAGCAGCUGCUACGGGCUGUGGUAGAGGAUGACCUGCGCCUCGUGGUGACGCUCCUGGCCCAUGGCACCAAGGAGGAAGUGAAUGAGACCUACGGGGAUGGAGAUGGGCGCACAGCACUGCAUCUCUCCUGCGCCAUGGCCAAUGUAGUCUUCACACAGCUGCUCAUCUGGUACGGGGUGGACGUGAAGAGCCGGGACGCUCGGGGCCUGACUCCGCUG